CACAUCAUGGCACACUUUUGUUGGCGAAGCCGUCACAUUUGAGUCUCACCCUUCCUCAACUUGUUUCGUAAAAUGGAGCGAUAGUCGUCUUCUUCUUCUUCCACCUCUCUCUCACAACACAAUUAUCUACCAAUUUCUUCGUCAUUCUUAGAUUAAACAAAUUCAAUUUCUAGUUGACCCGUUUCGAUUCACGCAGUCUUUCAGCAUUUCAAAGAAAAUUUCUAGGGUUUUGAUUCUUAAACAAACUUUUGAUAAUGGACCCGGUAGCCCUCGAUAGGAUAAUCGAACGGUUAAUUGAAGUUCGAUCGACUAAACCAGGGAAGUUGGUGCAGCUCUCAGAGGCUGAAAUCAAGCAGCUUUGUGUUGCCUCUCGUGAAAUCUUUAUGAAACAACCUAAUCUUCUUGAACUCGAAGCCCCUAUCAAGAUUUGUGGCGACAUUCAUGGACAAUACAGCGACCUAUUACGACUCUUCGAAUACGGAGGCUUUCCUCCCCAAUCCAAUUACCUUUUUCUCGGCGAUUAUGUCGAUCGAGGCAAACAAAGUCUGGAAACAAUAUGUCUUUUGCUUGCUUACAAAAUCCGGUACCCUGAAAACUUCUUUCUUCUCCGAGGAAACCAUGAAUGCGCUUCAAUAAACCGGAUUUAUGGGUUUUACGAUGAAUGUAAGCGCCGAUUCAAUGUGAAGCUAUGGAAAGCUUUCACAGAAUGCUUCAACUGUCUCCCUGUCGCUGCACUUGUCGAUGAUAAGAUCUUGUGUAUGCAUGGUGGACUCUCCCCCGAUCUUUCCGAUUUGGAUCAAAUCAGAAACUUACAGCGACCAACUGCCAUUCCCGACACUGGAUUGCUUUGUGAUUUAUUGUGGUCGGAUCCUAAAUUUUUGACAAAACAUGAUCUUGAUCUUGUUUGUCGUGCUCACCAGGUUGUGGAAGAUGGGUAUGAAUUUUUUGCUGAUAGGCAACUUGUUACAAUAUUUUCGGCUCCAAAUUAUUGUGGGGAGUUUGAUAAUGCGGGUGCAAUGAUGAGUUGUAUUUCCCAAGAUAAUGUGUUGGUUUUAGAGAAGAAAAACAAAAAGUGGGUGUUGCUUUUAGUUUUAAGAAGAUUCAAUCAACCGUUGCAUUUUAUUUGUGUUGAAGCUUGAAAGAAAUCAUGAAGAAUGAGGGAGAAGAGGAGAAAAUUUGUGUUUUAAAAUGCUACUACUUACUUUUACUCUAUUGAAUGUGUCUGUCUAUAUUUAGCUUUAGUAGACAUUGUGAAUGCUUUCAUCAUUUUGGAAAAUUGCCAUUAAAACCAACUUGUAGUUGUUUCAUAAACUAAUUCAGAGAGGGCAAUUUGGGUAUUCUUGGUUUAUGUCAUCUUGAUUUUGUUCAAUCUUUUGG